CUUGGCCCCCUUUCGCGGGGCUCAGGCUCGAACUUGGGAACUCGGAGGAGCUCCGCGAACUGAGGACGGCGCUGCACGAGGAGAUGACCGCGAAGGGGAUCCAGGGACAUAGUUACCGGAGGGGUCCCGUCCCGUGGGCGGACGUCGUGGGCUUUCCAGAGAGAGACCAGGCGAGGGGGAGUUACAACACAGAGAUCAUUCUGACCCAAAAAACAGCAGCGCUUCUCUCUGGCGACCAGAAACACUAGUUACCUGUGCGGCAUGGUACCUUUACCACGUCGUGGUCACGAAACAGAGAAAGAGCCGGGACCGCUCGGGGGUUAAACUUCUCUGGUGAAGACGAGUCUCGAGUGCGGUGCAGCCACAGCACACAGGGAGGAGCUCAACUGCUGGCAAACUACUAAAUACUCUCGGAACUCUCCUUUCGUAGGUGGUUUUUAUUAUAAUUUUUUAUUAGUGUAACGCUUCGUUUGUUUCCAGCCGCGCGCGCUCCCUCCAGUCCUGGCGCCUUGGGAUGUUUGCUGGGCGCGCGCUCGCGGUCCCGGGUCGGAUCCACUAUGGCGCGAUGCUUGCGUGCCUCCUGCUCUCGUGCUCCGGACUCGGGUCCGAGCUCAAGGUACGGGUUCGUCUGGCUAACGGGCGGGUCACCGAAGAGACCCUGGAAGCCGACAGCCAGAGGAACCUCAUCACGGUGGAGCUGACGCAAGGAGAUGGGAGCCUGGUCACCUUCAUCGCCGACUUCAAACAGGAGGUGAAGAUCUUUCGUUCGCUCAUCCUCGGGGAGAUGGAACGGGGGCAGAGACAGUAUCAGGUUUUGUGCUUUGUUACGCAGCUUAGCCACAAUGAGCUCAUCUCCAGCGAGUCCAUGGCCAGGCUGCGGCAGAAGAAUCCACGGGCAGUCCGCACAGCGGAGGAGCAGCGAGGUGUAGAGCAGCUGAGCAUGAGCGUGGGAGUGAACCUGAGCCAGGCAUGGCAGCUCAGCACCCACAUCCACAACAUGUGCAGCGAUGCAUCGGGGGCCAUCUACACACGCCAGGCCGAUGCUCAGUACUGGCUGGAACGAGGUGUGGAUGGGGGCACAUUUAAGACAUUGCCCCAGACAUGGGGAGUCCCAGCCCUGCGGGAGUGUCCAUCAACAGAGGACCUGUGGAAACCGUGCAUCUGUCACCAUAGCCUGCGCCUGGAGUGGUAUCCCUGCCUGUUGCGCUACUGCCGCACCCCUGCAGUCGCUGCCCCGGUCAGCAAGGCCAGCUCGUACAAAUGCGGCAUCCGAAGCUGCAGCAAAGGCUACCGCUUCCGCUUCUUUGUUCCCUACAGACAGCUCUGCCUGUGGGAUGAGGAGGACACCUAGCACUCCCCACAGACCACAUCCACCGCCAGCGGUCCUGCUGCGGUGAUUACUUUGCAUUUCCUACAUCCCUCUUCCUCUCGUGGAGCUUGUGUGUUACCUCUGGCUGGGGCACUCGGCUGCCCCUACCGACCAGCGGUGAAGUACUGUGUGUUAGACACUCAUCUCUCUCCGCUGAGAAAGGGAAUUUUGAAGGUCUGCAAUCCCCAGUGAAUUUUAGCUUCAUUUGGUAUAAAAAGCAGCCAUCGAGGACUUAUCUUGUUGGCAGGUUUUAACUUUAUGGAUCUCAGCUGAAAAGUUGCUGUAUCCAGAUACACUGUCUGAAGCAGGAACUGAUGAAAUAUGGGGAUGCUUUUGUACUUUAGCCUAUCCAUGUAUGUGGGUAGAGUACAUUGUCCUACUCUGUUGGGCACUUACCAAUUCACAGUCAUGCAGCUAGAUCAGUGGCUGAAGUGGGGGGGGUGGGUACCAGUACCCUCACCUUGGGUGUGCUACAGUCACAGCUCAUACUCUUACCUCAAACCUGUUGGCUUCCUCAUGAACACCAGGGCAAGUGGCCUUCAUCCUUCUAGGAUGCCAGUUUUAUAUGUUUCUUAAUACAAUAACAUUGCUGAAGAAAAUGCCUAAAGUACACAUUUCAGUAUUGUCUUGCUGUGAGUAUUUUGUGAAAAUGAGUUUUUCUUUUUCUCUGUUUGUGUAUAUUAUAUGUGUAAACAGUGAGGUGAUGAAAGUGACCAAUUGAGAUGGGAGGAGGUCAGUGUAGUCUGUACCCAGUCACCACUGACCAGGAGACCACGCACCUGGGCCUCAUUUCCGCUGAAGCUAAGCACAUGUGUUCAAAGUGCUUAGGGAGAUUAAUGUGCUUUUGUAAGUCACAGUAGAGCUUUACAGGUGCCUGCUGCUCAAGAGGGACAUUUCAGACCUUCAGGUAAGAUCAGGGAAUGAAGAGGACAGGGAGCGCAGGACAAGCAUCCCACACUAAAUGCCAGCUUCCCAAAUGGACACUGGACAGAUAAGACAAGGCUGCACUUUUCUCAUGGAGGAAAUGUAUCUGCUUGAGAGUGCUGAUAACUGGGACAGAUAUUAUUUUAGUUAAAAUUAACUUUUGAGCCAAGUUUCAUUUUAUCUCAGAGGCAGGAGUUUUUCCAUCCAUUGUGAAGGAUUUAAGUGAAACCAAAGAAAGCAGGUAUUGCUCCGCUGAAAACCUGUUAUUCCUCUUUGAGCUUCUCCUCUACGUAAAUUUUGAUGUUGGAGGUGUUUGAUAAAGUUACUUAGUUACAACUCAAAAUCGUGAUUCUGUUCUCAUGCGGUUAAGAAAACUACAUUUGUGCCCAGUCCGGGGAGCGCUUAGUAAAAUUGGCCCAGUGUACAAUACCACCACCUUGCGCUCGAGUGAGGAAGGAGAGGCCACUGCUACCUUUGUGGUCUCACUGGGAAGAGGGUGUUGGGGGAGUGUUCACAGGAAAAAAAGCACCAAAUGAGAUGAUUCAUCAUAUAUUGACAGGAGUAAUGAUUUCAAGUAUGGAAAAGUUCCAGUAUUUUUUUUCUUACAGGACUAUUUUAACAUCUCUCAGUAUUUUCAUGCGAGUUAAACAGUUUGCUGCACAAAUCACAUUUCAUGAAGUUCUGGCAAAAAGAGUAUUCUCUGGUUGGACUAUCUCUUCUUGGGUAAAAAUCCCAAGAAGCCAAGUACAAUAUGUUACUAAAGCAUUUAUUCUGACACUGAACAAAUUAUCUGUGUCCUUUUCACAGGUACCCGUCUUAUUACAUUGUGUUUUUCAUGUCUAAAUGUGGGUCUUUUAAUAAGACAGACCAAAAUAUUUUCUUUAAAGUGCCUUGAUAUGUAUAAUUUUUAAGAGAAUUUAACAUGCAAAAUUAAUACUACAAGAGGAAAAAUACACAUAAUUUUAUGAAGUAAUGUGUGUGAAAUACAAAAUUAAUUCUAAAUGAGUACAAUAAAAGCUUGUUUUUGCACCGUGGUUCACUGGUGUUCAGAACUAGAACCCUUCCUAAGAGGCUCACUUGUUGUGCUUCACAUAAGA